AUGUCAACCAUAGUUGUCAUUUUUUUUAAUAGGCUGUAUCUGCUUGGGUUUGAGCCGAAAGUCUCAGCUCUGUAUCCAGCAAUCCAGUUUCCAGUGCCACGAGACACACCUAGCCUUCAGCCUUUUACGACGUGGGAUCAUUCUGAGACGUACGGCCUUCCAGCUCACCUGGCUCACGUUGACGAGGGUACCAUGGCAGUUUCUGAACGCGUAUAUUCUUUGAAAGAAGUGAAAAACAUUUUGAACCACUACCAAGAAAAUGAUUCUCCAGUCUCACCGAUAUCUUUCUUCUUGAUUGAAAUUUGGAAGAUUUUCGGAGGGGUUGAGAAGAUGGAAUUCAACAAGCUUCCGGUUGUCUUCGAAAACAUCCAGCUUUACGCUGAGAUAAAUCUAUCAAUUGAAGAUCCUAGUGAAAUAUACUUCGGAAUUUUAUCUAGCGGGGAGUUUAUUGUAAAUCAAGUCAUCCGACGAGGUGAACAAGAGAUUGAAGAAGAGACGACUUUAAUCCGUGGAAAAAUCCAAGUCUGGGAGGACCCAAAACCUACGCUGUCUCUGAAGGAUGAAAUAGACGUUGCUGUCCAAAGUUUAAGCACCGAGUCACUUUGUAUUGAUGGUGUAAGAGUUCAAGCCAUAUCGGAUCUUAACUUAGCUAGCAACGGAAUGCUCGGCAAAAUACGAUGGAACAAAGACUGGGUGGAGUACCUCAAUGCCAUUUUCAACGCAAACCUUCUCCAGAAAAUCCAGGAAGCAGAUGCUGAGCUGCAACCUAUCUCGGUGCAGUUCAUACACAUUCAUCCUGAACGACUGGAAGCCAAAAGAGCUGGUUCCAACAUCGAGUUUUCGAUUCAAUCAACACUGCAAACUUUCGAAAGCGAAGGUGUUAGUUUGAGAAAAAUGACUACGAAACUGAAACCCACAGAGGAAGAGCUGGUUGAAAAACUCUACUUCGUAUCGUACGGGGAAACUUCUUUUGUUAAUCAGCAAGAUUUUAUGCAAGCUUGUCUGCAAGUGAUCGUCGAGAACUCUGCCCGAGCGAGAGUGGCAGAUGGUCCAACUAAAAUAAACAUGAUCAAACCAGAGCGUGAACCAAUCUUCAACCGAGUCUUCAAUAUCCUGGAAGAUGCUCUUCUCACACUAGACUCUGAAAUAAAUAUUGAAAUGACAAUUGGAGAUCCAAAAAGUUCAGUGUCUGAGGCCCACCUCGCAGUUUUGUCAGAUCCUAAGGCGAUUUCACAGCUAAGUGCUAUGGGAAAUAUUGAAAAUAUAUAUGUGCUUGCAGCCGUGCCCGACAGUAACUUCACGUGUGGAAAAGAAUACUCGGCCAUCUAUGAACAAACUUUCGGAUCCGAAAGGUUGUGUUUGUUCAAGAAGAUUAGUUUAUACAACGAACUGAAAACGUUUGUGGUCUCGAACAAUUGGCGUGCAAGUUUGGAUGCGCUGAAGGCAAAUGAAUUGAACAGGGGUGACACCGUAAUGCUCGUCAUGGAAAGGCCGUCAAGCAUAAAUCCCUUCUUCACAAUCCGAGAGAUACUAUUGGAGCUUUCUCAUGCCUAUAAAGCAAAAUGUUGCUUAAUAUUAGAUGAAUACGCGCCAAAAUUCUCAUCGUCCAACGAUCUGUACGGGAAGCAAUUCGAGAAGGAUCUCGCUAUAAACGUGCUCGAAAAUGGCCGAUGGGGCUGCUACCGGAAACAGCAAAUUCCAAAAACGAUUUUAACCCGCUUACUCCCGGCGAUGCCAGUUGCUGAUCGAGUUUCUGAUGACGUUGAUAUUCAGUUUAUUGGACUCAACGAGACAGAUUCGGAAGGUGGUGAGGGUGAAAUUGCUGUUUUGGAUUACUCUGGCAUUACAUCCUCUGGGGAUCACGUGAUGGGUAUCGCCUGCAAGGAGAGUGGAGCUGGGAAAAAAGUUAUCCUGGAUCCAAUCCUCCAAUGGAAAAUACCGAAGGACGUCCCAUUAGAUGAUGCUGCUGCACUUCCAUUUGCUUAUUUGAUGGCAAACUAUGUUAUAAGAGAUUGCUUCAAACCGAAAGUUUUAUCAAAAGUAGUAUUAGUGUACAACGGACACACAGCCAAUGGAUUGGCCCAAAUAGCUGUUGCCCUCGCUGAAGGUUACACAGUUCAUACAACAGUUCCCGAUGAUGAAGCGAAAGGGAUAAUCCGGCGCUUAUUCCCGAAGAUUCCAGAGUGGCAGAUCAGCAACCACAACGAACCGAACUACUAUACCUCGUUGAUGCGGGCCACCCGUGAUCGACUUGCGGGUGCCGGAGCGGACAUCGUGAUCAGCGACCUGCCCCCGGAGAAGAUGCUCGUCGCGUGGACUCUCGUCGCCCAACUAGGCUGCUUCUACAAUCUCAGCGAUGAGGUCUUCAAGCACAACGUUCCACUGCCCAUGAACAAAUUCAUUUACAACACCAGCUUCGUCAGCUGCACCAAGGCUAAUAUUAUCGCCAUGCCUCCGGAGAGGAAACGGGUCUUGAAAGGGAUCGUUGACGAAUUCCUCAGGGAUGGUCAGGUCGUCCGGCUGCCAUUCGAGACUCUGUCAGUGGAGAACAUCAGCUCGAAACCUAGAAUUAUCAAAGAGAGCCUUCAAUCUGGUGGUAAAUUACUAUUAAAAUUACAAAGCAACAUUAAAAACAGAAAUAAUCAACAAAUAAGCACAAAAUGCACAUCCUGUGACCCAGACGGUACCUACCUCGUUUUGAGUUCUACCAUUUCGAAGACGGCAGGUGUGAUCAAAUGGUUGCUAACGCAAGGCGCGAAGAGUAUCGCAAUCGCGACGACGAACAGGGCUAGCGGGAUGAACGCCGCAAGGGAGAUCGACGACUGUAUCGUGAAACACGGCGCGACCGUCCUCAUGACAGGCGGGGCCAAAGCGGCCACCAUUGAAGAGGCCACAGCCCUCGUCGAGCAGGCCUCCAAGCUCAGCAGGGUAGCCGCAGUCUUCACCAUAGGCCUGGAUUCCAACACAACAAUAGUGAGUAACAUUAAGCAAGUGAUGAAGAAAAUGAAAUUGCCGGGCCCACUUGUUAAUUUACACGGUAAGAACUCCCGGAUAGUACCAGACACGAUUUCGAUUGCCUGCGAGGGCAACGUAAAUUACGAUCAAGUUCUAAGUCAUGCCAUGACCAACCCUGAUGAAGCGGCAGCUUAUGCAGUCACAGAGAGAGCACGGAAUAAAGACACUAGGAUUUCAGUUUUAGAUCAAAACACCCGGCGAACUCAAAAACUCACGGACUACCUACCAUCCUCACUGGAAAAUCUUGAAGAGAUGGGUCGGCUUCUGACCUACAACGAUUCGACCUGUGAUACUCAAACGCUAGCUAAGUUUGUUCUAACCACAACCAAAGCUCCCUUCGACAAGCUUUACAAAGAAAUUAGGCCCGUUUUUGUCAUACCGGCAUUCUGUGAGACUCAGAUCAGGCCCCUUAUUUCUAAGCUCAUGUAUCCAUGUUUCGUGGCCCACAUUAAGCCAGAUGUGCCAACAGUCAACCAAGUAGCUCUGCAUUUACUUAAGUCAAUGAUGCGUAUCCAGAAGAAAGGCCCAUACACGAUAGUGGGUGAAACUUUGAGCGGCGGUGUUGCGAUGGUGCUCUCAAGGUUGCUAUCCGACGCCGGUCACGAGGUGUCUCUGUUCCUUCUCCAAGGAAUCCCCGAUAAAAUGCAAACAUUACUACCAUCUCAAGAAAACCUUAGCGAAUAUUUGGUAGAUGUUUUAUUCAACGCAAAUGCAAAGUUCACAAGCUCUAGCAGCACACGAGGCUCAGGCAACUUUUUAGAUUCUUUACCGGACACAUGUGAUAAGUCACUGGUAGAGCGAGCUUUUAAGGCUAUCCAUAAAAGUUUAGAGCUUUCGAUAAGUUGCGCAACGGCUGUGAAGCAGAAAGGCACUCUGAUCCUCAUGGAAAUGGAAUAUUUUUGUCAACUCUCAAUCGACGACAUUGACCAAAUGUCUGAGAAAUCUGUGCGACUUGUCAAAUCAGAACGGAAUUCUUACGAGGAGAUGCUAACGGACCCUGUCAUCUUGAGGACUAUUGCCAGAGAUACAGCAUUUUCCUGGACUGCCUACUAAUUAUCUUGAUCCUAUAGCAAAAUUAUAUUGUGAAAACCUUUACCAAUUUUGUAUGAGAAUAAACAUCCAAAGAGGAAUACAGAGCUGGAGGGUGAAACGGUGUAUACGGUUCAAUUUUUUUAAAAUUAACUCUUCACCUAUUUAUUGUAAAUUUUCAGCGCAAAAUCUUGUAAAAUUGGAUCUUAUACACUCAUUUCACCCGCUUGUUCAGUAUAUACAUAGAAUACUUAAUUCAAGAUUUACAAUAAGAAUAAGUAAAAACCGGGAAAAGACAUUUUCUUUCCAUUAUUUUUUUUUUGUUCACGAUUAAUUAUUAAACUAAAAGCUGUACAA